AGAUUAAAACUCAGGGCCCAAGAAAGUUUCACUUCCUAUCGCGGGGAAAAAGCGACGAAAGUUUCACUUGCCAGCACCGUCUCUGUCUCUCAUCUUUGAAUUGCUUUAUUCCUCUCCAAACCCUAAUUAUAAAUGAAUCAAUCGAAAAGCCUGUUUCAUACUCCCCCACUUGUUUCUUCUUCUUCUUCUCCGAAAUUCACACUGAACAUUCUUCGCACCUGCUCACCCACACUGCUCUCUUCUCUUCCUCAUCAAAACCCUAACCUUUCGACCAAUCAGUCUUUGAAUUUAGACUGCAAUCGGUGUCACAGUUUAUAGUUUCGGUUUAAUUGGAGACCAAGAUUGUGAAAAAGACUCGGAUAUCGUUGUGAUCGGGGGCUGAAAAUGAAGAGACUGAGUGAAGAAGCCGGUGCUGCUGAUGAUGGGAAUUCAAAUUCUGAGGACAAGAUACCGAGGCAGAAGAAGAAAGUUAGGGUUUUGGAUCCAAUUGGCGAGGAAUUUGGCUGUUCAGAAGAACCGGGUAUGGAAAUUAAACGUCAAGAAAAUCAGGGAACUGGGUCUCAGGUAAUUUGUGUCCAACAAUCUUCUUCUGUAGUCGAGGGAAUCAGGGCUUUUUUCACAAUUGAUCUUAGUGAUUCAGAAGAGCCGGAUAGGGGAAUUGAAGGUUGCCAAAAAAAUCAUCACAUAAUUGAUGUAGAAGAAUUCUUUUUAGAGGAAGCUAGGGUUUUGAGAGGAAGUGAAGGUUGUGGAAAUGGGGAUAGAGGGGAAGAAGAGAUUGAUAAGGGUGAUCAUGGCAGGGAUUUGGGGAAUAUGGGGCCUAUUACUGCUUGUGGUAAUUCGAAUCGGAAUUGUGAAUCGAUCAUGAUGGUUGAUCAUGGCACGGGGAAGGAAAAUUCAAGUUGGGAUUUAAAUUUGGGACAAAUGGAAUUUGACCUUAAUUUGCCAGCUAUGGAGGCAGACGAGGGAGGAAGUGAAAGAGGAUUACACGAACAUAGUCAAUUAGGACCCGUAAUAGCUCAAAGGGUGGAUAUCAUUCACAUUUCAUCUGAUGAGAGCGAGGAUGAGGAUCAAAAACUUCCUGACGAAAGAGAUACAAGAAGAAAAGGUAAGGAAAUUGACGAAGGAUUUGCUGAUGAAAGUAAUGGAAGUAUUCAUAUGGAUUCGGUAACAUUGGAAUUAGGAACAAGUUCUGAUGGAUGUGUUUCAAUGAGUAGUGGAAAGAGAUAUACCAGAGAAGAAAAGGGGAAAGGUAAACUUGUUGACCCCUGGUUAUCACUUGCCCCAAAUCUCAUCCCCUUCGAUUCGAGACCUGGAGGGCAGGAGUUGAUCAGAUCAGCAGAUUCUGGUGGUAUCCAGCUAAAUGAAACUAACCAUCCAGAGGAAACUAUCCAGCUACGGGGAACUGAAAAUUUGGAAUUCAGAAGGGAGCCCGAAAGAAGAAUUGUGAGGGCGCCUCAAAUAUUAAAUCAAAGGGCAGAUGCAAAUAGAUACCGUGAAAUUGCUCGUCAUCAUGCUUCUCGGCUUGCAGUUCCUAAUUCUCAGCAGGAGGAUCCCCAGGAGUCUUUUAACAAAGAAAUGCAAAUGCAGCCCAUAGAAGCUGGUAAAAAAUUCGAGAACUUUCUGGGUCCCUUUUAUACUGAGAUGAAGCUAAUUAAAGAGCGAAAUAUGAAGCAUAGUCCUCAAAAACUGAUCAUUUGGAAGCCCUCAAAAGAUCGUGACCGUAACAUUUCCAUGCCAUUAGUUCCUUUGCUGUUGGAUCUGUCAUUGGAAGUCCUUGCUAAGAAUGCUGAGGCUAUAGUUUCUCUUGAACAUAUACCAGAUGCUCUGAAGCAUAGACUCACUGAUUUGCUCUGUGAUUCGCGUAAAAUGAAUAUCCAUGCCUUGGACCUCCUUGUGCAAGGGUCUCCAACUGAGAUACGCAUAAAGGACUGUUCAUGGAUAACAGAAGAACAGUUUACCAAAAGAUUUGGGAGUUUUGAUCCUAAGAACUUGAAGGUCCUACAACUAGACCUAUGUGGGCAAUGUUUGCUUGGUGGUAACUUGGUUAAAACCUUAGCUCGGUCUCCAAAUAGCUUACCUGAUUUAGCUAUCAUAUCCCUGAAGGGUGCAUGUCGUUUAACUGAUAUUGCGCUAAAAGAACUUCUUGUGUCAGCACCUGCACUACAGUCCAUAAAUUUGAGCCAGUGCUCUCUUCUCUCUAAUACUGGCAUCGACAUUCUAGCUGAUUCUUUAGGAGCUAUUUUGAAGGAGCUCUAUAUAGAUAAUUGCCAGCGAAUAGAUGCUAUGCUUAUUGCACCUGUAAUGAAGAAAUUUAAGCAUUUGGAAGUGUUGUCAGUAGCAGGAAUUCAGACUGUAUGUGAUGAAUUUCUCACUGAUAUAAUCCCUGUUUGCGGCCGAAAUCUAAAGGAGCUUGAUUUGGCUGGUUGUCUGAAACUAACCGAUAUUUCUACAGAAGUCAUUGGAAAUACUUGUCCUGGAAUGUGUUCCCUUAACAUUUCGAACUUGCAUAAAUUGACGGAUUUGUCGAUGCAAUAUCUUGCCAAUGGUUGUCAAUCAAUUCAAACACUCAAACUUCGCCAGAACAGUUUCAGUGAUGAAGCUAUUGCUGCAUUCUUGGAAGCUUCUGGAAAGUCUCUAAAGGAACUUUCACUGAAUAAUGUCAGAAAGGUUGGCCCCAACACUGCCUUGUCGCUGGCCAAAUGUUCGAAGGAGUUGUUGAGUUUGGAUCUGUCAUGGUGCCGUAAAAUUACCAAUGAAGCACUGGGAUUGAUUGUGGACAGCUGCUUGUCACUUAAGCUGCUCAAGAUCUUUGGAUGUACGCAGAUCGGUGAUGAAUUUUUGAAUGGCCACUCAAACUCCCUAGUGCAGAUUAUUGGAUGCAGUAUGACUCCAGUAUUGGAUCAUCUUAACAUGCUUGAACCUGAUAAAGCUUUGUUGCGUUACUCCCCUCUGACGUUUUCAUCUCAUCCUCCAAGUUCAGAUCACUAAGAUAUUUGAUGUAUCUAAUCUGUAACUGCAUUUCUGCUGUAAAUUCAUUUCUCUCGUUGAAUCCACAAUGGGAGGUAAGAAAACAUGAUUGAUGAAGAAGGAUUGGCAAAGUGGGAUAAAAAGUGAAUAAUGCACCACAUCAUCUGGUAUGGCAUUUUUUU